GAAGAGCUGCUGGAGCUAGAAGCUAGAAGCUGUUUCUUUUGGGUCGUUGCGUAUUGCGUUAUAAUAAUAGUCGAUAGAGCAUAAUACAAAAUAACGCCAUUCUGUUGGUAAAUUACGGGAUUUCAAUUGAAGCCAGCUAAAAACAGAACCAGUGUUUUAUUAGUGAUAGUUCAGGCUGCAGCGCGAUGGCGAGCCGUAACCUCCAGCAGGUGAAUAAUCCCAACAGCGCGAACGCUGCAUCUCCGCAGCCGCAGAAUGUGAAGCGCAGCGCGGACUCUCCAGCAGACCCCCGCGAGGUCACGGAGACCGACGCUCCGCCGCCGCGGGACCCGAGCCCCGCCGACACCGAGCCUCACGAGAUGACCGUGAACCUGAAGACCUUUCGGAGACCCGGGGAGAAAACAUUCACGCAGCGGUGCAGACUCUUUGUCGGUAAUCUCCCGUCGGAUAUGACGGAGGACGAUUUCAAGAAGAUGUUUUCCAAAUACGGCGAAGCAAAGGAGGUUUUCAUCAACCGAGACCGAGGAUUCGGCUUCAUUCGGCUGGAAACAAGGACGCUUGCAGAGAUUGCCAAGGCUGAGUUAGACGGCACGAUGCUGGGGAACAGGCCCAUCCGUAUUCGUUUUGCCACACAUGGGGCCGCGCUCACGGUCCGAAACCUGUCUCCAGUGGUGUCCAAUGAGCUGCUGGAGCAGGCCUUCUCACAGUUCGGCCCGGUUGAGCGGGCAGUUGUGAGUGAAACAAGACCCCUGAUCACCCUGUCGGGGUUAUUCUGCGAUAACAGCCUGCUGGAUGCACAUUAUCCCUUACAUAUCAAGUCUCCUCGUCCAAUCAUUAUUGAGCCAACAGAACAGUUUGAUGAUGAAGAUGGGCUACCAGAAAAGCUGUUGCAAAAAUCAGCACAGUAUCAUAAGGAAAGGGAGCAGCAGCCACGCUUUGCUCAGCCAGGAACCUUUGAGUUUGAGUACUCCUCACGCUGGAAGGCUUUGGAUGAGAUGGAGAAACAGCAGAGGGAACAAGUGGAACGCAACAUACAAGAGGCAAAGGAGAAACUGGAGGCUGAAAUGGAGGCUGCCAAACAUGAGCAUCAACUCAUGAUGAUGAGACAAGGUAGUUUUCUGAAAGAAAACCGCAUUGGAUUGUUUCUGUUAUAUUGA